CAAUGUCAUAAUUGUCAUAUCCAGUUGUCAAACUUGUUUAAUUUGAAUUAAGGAAUUGAAAAAUUGAAAUAAUUUUUAUAAUUUCCUGAUUCUCUUGUGGGUUGGGAUUCCGGUAUCGGAAAAUGUGUUAUAUUUGUUCUUAAAUCACCUGAGCUAGGCUUAGUUUACAGAAUUUGGUCAGAGUCUCUGGCUCUCGGUGUUGGUGGUGGGAAUUAUAUAAUCUGAUGAUUUUUAGAAAAUCCAAGUAUUGUAUUAAUUUCCUUCAAGAUGUAUGAAGAAGGAACAAAACACUAUUCACUGUUCCAGCAAUAAUCCUGGGCUGAAAGUAUUUUCACUUUAUCUGCAUCUAUUUCUCAACUCCCUAAAAUUUCAACAAUGGAUGCAGGAGGUGACAGAGCAUUACACUCGACCAACAUUGCAUUAAUUCGAGAGGUCUAUGAUAGUGAAUAUUCUCCACAUUGUUUUUCUAUGGAACUGGAAAAAGCCCUAGACAGCCAUUGUUCAUAUAUUGUUAUUGAACCAACACAACUUGGUGAUGAGACAGCUAGAUGGAUAAGCUUUGGGAAUUAUCUACACAAAACUGCCGUAAUUUCAGGUUUAACAUCAAUUAUAUCAGGUUUAGCUUGGCCUGAUAAUUUUGCUCCUCAAGCCCCACUUAGUAUUCUUUCUACCCUGUGCACAGGACUUUAUACAGCAUCUUGGCAAUUUGAUCAUUGUGUUAAAUACCAGGUUGAAAGGGAUCCUAGGAAACUGGCCAGACUACCAAUACUAGGAGCCCUAACUGCUGCCUCACCUGUUGUGUUAGUGCGUAAAGAUGAUACAAAACGUAAAAUAUUACAUUGUACAGUCUCUUUGGCAGCAGCUGGUCUGUGUAUAUAUAGGUUAUAUUGGACUAUCAAGUAAGAUUAUGUGGUUAUUUUGUGAGAUAGUAUAUUACUGUUAGAAGCACCUCCUUUGGUGAGCAUUCAUAUUAUAGUUCCAUGUGAGUUGUUUAGAAGAGUACAGAGAUAGACAAUAUAUUUUUGAUUUUUAUGAAUAUUUCAGAAUGUAUCCACCAUAUUGAAUAAAUUGCAACCUUCAAAUGUUGAUUGAUAUUUACUCUUCAUUCAUAUUCCAUAUUAAAUGCCUUGAGGUAAUUCAGAGACAAUAGAAUUAUAGAAAUUAUCAUGCAAAAAGCCUCUUCAUGUUCAUAAUUAUAUCUGAGAAUAUCCCUUGUCAAUCCUUUAAAGACAACUAUCAAAUACACAGGAAAGUCAAAUGCUAUGGACUUGAAAUGAUGAAUGAUUUGUAAUAUACCCCAUUCAUCUAUGUGCAUGAAUACAGGGUGUCCAUAAAAGAUUCUCAAUAUCUAAAUGAUCCUUGGAAUAUUUUCAUUUGCUGAUUGCUUCCUUUCACUUAUGAAGAAUCAAAGAUUUGUGUUUUCUUUGUGAAGCUGGCACAUAUGGAAAGAAUAUUUCUACAAUUAAUUAUAGUAACUAGAUUCUCUGUGCACUGGUUGAAAUAAUUUCAUCUCACAAAAACUAGAAGUGCUUUGAAUAGCAAUUGGAAUUCUGCAGAAAAGCUCUGAAAUUAUGAAAACUUUAUUAAACAAUAUAAGUAAUAACCCAACUCAAAUAUAUGUGCAAUAUUUAAAUACCUAUAACAAUUAUAAAUAAAAUAACUUUUUGUGAACAUUUGGUAACCUACCUCAUUUCUUGUAAGAAAUUACCUAUUUUAUAUAAGAGGCAGAAAGAAAACUUGUAUAAUAAGAUAUAUUGGUGAAAAUUUAGGAAUUAUUGAAAUAUAUACAGGGUGUUUGGUUUAUGACAAAUAUCUGAAAGGGGGUGAUGAAAAAGAACAUCUUGAAAAUAUUUAAUAAUAUCUAGAUACAUACUAUUAUAUACAAAGUGUUAUGCAUUUCCAGAUAUCGUUUUUCCGAUUUUUAAUGAAUUUGGUGGUCCAUAUAUAGGAUUAUAAUAGAAGUUUUGUAAAACAUUUCAACUGCAGAUUGUGUAUUUUUUUAAGGAGUUGGGUACCUAUUAUUUCAUUGAUAUUGAACCAUAUACUGAUUAAUAUGAUAUGAUUUAUAUGUAUUGAACACACAAUGGGAUCUCAAUGUAAUAAAAAAUGUUUUGGCUACUGCGAAUUUAUAAGCUAUGAUUUCUGGAAAAGUGUAACACUAUAAUAAUUACAAGUUACAAGGUUAAAUAUGUUCAGAAUCACAUUACCUACUACCUUCUUCCAGAUAUAUACAUCAGGAACCAAACACCCUGUAUAUAUGCUUUUUAGUAUUCAUCAAAUUUUGAUUCAUGCCAAUUGUAAUGAAAAUGCCUGGGAAUACAAUUG